CCCAGUCCGAAACCUCCUUGCACACGGUUGAGUUACUUUUCUGGAAUGUGGUGUGGUGGACGAGGUUUCCCGCCUCCGCCACUGUGUCCGCCCCACUUUACCCCAGCUGGUGCCUGUGGGAUGGGGGCGUCCUGAUUCGAACCGGCGUUCACCUCUACUGGGAGCCCUCGCCACUCGUGACUAGUUAACGUAACUAAAAUGCAUGUCAGAAAUGCUGCUCCUGAGUCGCACUUGCCACAUGUCCAAUGCUUGAUGUGGCCGGUGGCCACUGUGCUGGCAGCACAGAUACACAAGGCUCCCACCAUCGCAGCGAGUUCCUCUGCAGUCCCAGAAGGUGGGGCCGAGAUCAGUCAUCAGUCGCUUUAGGCAGCUGUACCCUCCUCUGUACCUCAGUCACUUAAGGACCCACCCGGUGAAGUGUGUUCUGUUCUCUUUUGCAGACUCCUUUUCCAAGCGUUGGAGUAAUAUUAUAGAGGAAAAUGCCUAUUGGAUGCAGAGACAGGCCAACUUUUUUUGAAAUUUUUGAGACACGAUGCAGCCAAGCAGAUUUAGGACCAAUAAGCAUUAAUUGGUUUGAAGAACUUUCUUCAGAAGCUCCACCAUAUAAUUCUGAAAUUGCAGAAGAAUCUGAAUAUAAAACCAGUAGUUAUGAACCCAAUCUGUUCAAAACACCAAAACGGAAACCUUAUCAUCAGUUGGCUUCAACUCCAGUAAUAUUCAAAGAGCAAGGAAAGCAUAUCACCAAUAGUCAGCAUAAAAGUUGUUGCAUAAUGAAGGCUAAAAUGGAUCAAGCAAAUGAUGUUAUCAGCCCAUCUGUAAAUUCUUGUCUUAGUGAAAGUCCUGGUGUUCUACGAUGUACACAUGUGACACCACAGAGAGAAAAGUCAGUGGUAUGUGGAAGUUUAUUUCAUACACCAAAGCUCAUGAAGGGUCAGACACGGAAACAUAUUUCUGAAAGUCUAGGAGCUGAGGUGGACCCUGAUAUGUCUUGGUCAAGUUCUUUGGCCACACCACCAACCCUUAGUGCUACUAUGCUCAUAGUCAGAGAUGAAGAAGCACCUGCAGCUGUAUGUCCUAAUGAUACUACUGCUAUUUUGAAAAGCUAUUUUUCUGACCAUGAUGAAAGUCUGAAGAAAAAUGAUAGGUUUAUCCUUUCCGGGCCAGACAGUGAAAUAAACAAUCAAAGAGAAACUGAAAGUCAUGGAUUGGGGAAUUCAUUUGGUAAAGUAAGUAGCUGCAAAGACCAUUUUGAAAAGUCAGUGACAAAUGUCACAGAAGAUGAAGUAUUCGAGAAGGUGGGAGAUAUUUCUGAAGAAGAUAGUUUUUCAUUGUGUGUUUCUAAAUAUAAAAAAAGAAAUCCACAAAAAAUAAAAGCUGGCAAGACUAGGAAAAAUAUUUUCAACGAAACAAAAACCAAUGAAUGUGAAGAAGCUAAAAAACAAAUCAAAGAAAAUAAACAUUUGUUUGUAUCCGAAAUGGAACCAAAUGACAGUGAUCCAUUAGAUACAAAAAUAAUGAGUCAGAAGCCCUUUGGGAAUGGAAGUGACAGAAUAUCUGAAGAAGCUGUACAGUCUCCAGCCUUCGAAUGGUCUCAGCUAACCCUCUCAGGUCUAAAUGGAACCCAGGUGGGGAAAACACCCCUACUGCAUAUUUCUUCUUGUGACCAAAAUAAUUCUGAAAAAGACCUCAUAGACACAGAGAAAGAAUGUACCAACUUUAUUACUUUAGAAAAUUAUUUGCCACAUAUUUCAAGUGUACCAAAGACAGAGACGAUAUUAAAGGAGGAAACGGUGGCAGAUAAGACAGAUGAAGGGCAGUGUCUUGAAUUGCGUGAAGAUUCUAUUCCUGUGGUAAAGCACACGGUAUCUGAAACUUCCCUAAUAGCUUCUCCUCUUCAGGGUAUCAAAAAGUCUCAAUUCAGGGUAAGAGAAUUGCCUGAAGAGACACCCAGUGCAGUUUUCUCAAAUAAUAUGACUGAUCCAUACUUUAAAGAAGAACCUGAAGUCUCUGAAAGUAGAUUGGAUAUAAGUACUAUUUUCUCCCAGAAAGAGAGUUCUUUAUGUACAAGUUCAGUUGAUAAUGGAAGCCAUCCAGCCACUAUCAAACAUACUUCCAUAGCUUUGAAGAAUACAGGUUUAAUAUCUACUUUGAAAAAGAAAACUAAAAAGUUUAUUUAUGCUCUAAGUGAUGAAACAUCUUAUCAAGGACUAAAAAUACAGAAAGAUCAAGAAUCAGGACUCACUAACUAUUCUGCCCAAUUUGAAGCGAACACUUUUGAAGGACUAUCUACAGUUACAAGUGUUGAUUCAGGUUUUUUGCAUUCUUCUGUGAAAAAAAACUGUUUACAGAAUGAUUCUGAAGAACCAACUUUGUCUUUUGGGACAAUUCUGAGAAAAUGUUCUAAUAAUGAAAGCAGUUCUUCUAAUAAUAAAAUAGUAUCUCAGGAUCUUGAUUAUAAAGAAGCAAAAAUUAAUAAAGAAAAACUGCAGUCCUUUAUAACCACAGAAACUGAUUAUCUGUCAUGUUUGCAGGAAAAGUAUGAUGAAGAAGAUCUGGAACACCAAAGAGCUUUAGACGUAAAAGGAAGGGUAUUGCCUGCAGUAUAUCACCCUUCAGUGUCACAUUUAGAAAUGGAAUGUAGUGGUAUUCACUUUCAAUCCCAGGAAAGCAUUUUAUAUGACCUUGAUAAUACCAGCAUUUUAACUCAUGGCUUUAAGGAUCUGCCAUCAAAAUCAGUUGUGGUUUUUGGUGAAAAAGAAUCAUAUAAAAUGUCAGAGAAAGUAAAAUAUAAAAACUGUGAAGCUGGUUUUGAUUUAACCAAAAAUAUUCCCAUGGGAAAGAAUCAAGAAAUAGGUGUUUUAAAUGAAAAUUCUAAAACUGAGCUAUUGUCACCUGAAAAGGACAUAAUAGUUUCUUCACCUUCUAUGAAUCAAACUACAAAUCUCACAUUAACCGAAAAAGAACAAGAAAAGACUACUUCAUUUUUAAAAACAGCUAUCAAUUCAAACUCUGAAGAACUUUUCCAAGACAAUGAGAAUGAAUUUGUCUUUGAGACAACUAAGGAAUGGAAUAUUCCUCUUUCAGAAAAUACUGAGGAACUUCAAGAGGCAGACGUCACUUGUAUCAGGGAACUUGUUCCCAAGAAUUCUUCCAUGGUGGCAGAUGCAGGCAUUAAUGACGAACAAGCAACCAAAGUGUCAACUACCGAAGAUUUUGAUUCACUGAAUAUAAUUCAUGAUCUUACAGAGAAGAGUAAAAAGAAUGUAAUGCAGCAAAUGACUCUAGGUGAAGAUUCAAAGUUCGACAUGUCCUUGGCUAUAGAUAAGAAAUCAAACCAAAGUAAUGAGUAUAUGGACACCUGGGCAGAACUCUCAGAUCCCAUUUCAAAUCACAGUUUUGGAUGUGGCUUCAGAACAGCUUCUAAUAGAGAGAUAAAACUCUGUGAACACAACAUUAAGAAAAGUAAAGUGCUCUUCAAAGAUAUUGAAGAACAUUUUUCUACUAGCUUAGCUUACAUUGAAAUUGUGAAUACCUCAUCAUUAGAAAAGCAAAAGAAACUAAACAAACUUCACACACUUGAUUCCCAGUCAACUGAUAUUGUAUCUGGAUGUGUACAGAAUAGUGCAUUUGCUUCUGAUAAUGAAAAUAGUCACACACUUCUUCCAACUUUGACUUUGAAGCAAGAUUUUAAUUCAAACCAUAAUUUAACAGCUAGUCAAAAGGCAGAAAUUACAGAACUUUCUACUAUAUUGGAAGAAUCAGGAAGUCAGUUUGAAUUUACACAGUUUAGAAAACCAAGCCACAGGAUACAGAAUAGUCCACUUGAAACACCUGCACACCAGAUGCCUGUCUUGCAGACCACUUCUGAGGAAUGGAAAGGCACUGAUCCUCCUCUCACAAGGAAUCCCCCAGCUCUCAGUCAGGUGGUGAGCAGCAGGGGGUUUGAGGGUAAGCAAAAGUAUGCUUGCUCGUUGCAAACCAACUGUAAGGCUUCUGGGUAUUUAACAGAUAAAAAUGAAGUGGAGUUUAGAGGCUUUUAUUCUGCUCGGGGCACAAAACUGAAUGUUUCCAGUGAAGCACUGAAGAGAGCUGUGAGACUGUUCAGUGACAUUGAGAAUAUUAGUGAGGAAACGUCUGCAGAAGUAGAUCCAGGAAGUUUCUCUUCAAGCAAGUGGAAUGAUUCUGGCGUUUCAGUGUUUCAGAUAGAAAAGUAUAACAGUGAUAAAAAUUAUAAUGAAAAAAUAAAUAAAUGCCAACUAAUACAACUAAAUAACACUGAGAUGGCUGCGGGCAUCUUUGAUGAAAAAAACAGUGAAGAUCAGAAGAAAAAUACAGAAAACAAAGAUAACAAAUGUAUUGGUGCCAGUAGAAAUACUUGUAACUUAGGAGAAUCUGAUGACAAUGAUUCAAGUAAAAAUGAUACAGUUUGUGUUUAUAAAGAUGAAAAUGGCUUUCCAUGUGUUGAUCACAACAUACAUCUAAAAUCAUCUGACCAGUUUAUGAAGAGGGGAAAUACUCAAGUCAAAGAAGGUGUUUCAGAUUUAAUUUGUUUGGACGUUGGGAAGGCUGAAGAAACAUGUAUUCAUACGUCAAAUAAAGAACAGUUAACUGCUAGUAAGAUGGGGCAACACAUAAAGGAUUUUGACAUUUUUGAUAUAUCCUUUCAGACUGCAAGUGGGAAAAAUAUCAGCAUCUCCAAAGAUUCAUUAAAUAAAGCUGUAAAUUUCUUUGAUCAGAAAUGUGCAGAAGAAUUGAAUAACUUUUCAGAUGCCUUGAAUUCUGAAUUACCUUCUGGGAUAAACAUCAACAAAAUAGGUAUUUCAAGAUAUAGGGAAACAGAUGAGGUUAAAGACAAAACAUUGAAAGAAUGUGACUCAGUUGGUAUUGAAGAUCAAUUACUGACUUUAGAACCAGGACCAGAAUGUGAAAUCGAAAAGAUCAAAGAACCUACCAUGUUGGGUUUUCAUACAGCUAGUGGGAAAAAGGUAAACAUUGUGAAGGAAUAUCUGGACAAAGUGAAAAAUAUUUUUGAUGACAAAAAGCAAGGUAAAAAUAGUGAAACCACUAAUUAUAGCCAUCGAAGGGCAAAGAUACCAAAGGACAGAAAAGAAUAUAAAGAAGGGCAUGAAUUAGCAUGUGAGACCAUUGAAAUAACAACUGUCCCAAAGGAUGAAGAAAUGCAGAAUUCUCUAAAGGAGAAAAAACUUGUUUCUGAUGAGUUUGCCACGCUGCCCAGGCUCUUAAGUGAUAAUUUAUAUAGACAAACUGAAAAUUUCAAAAUAUCAAAUAGCAUUGCUCUGAAAAUUGGAAAUGUCGGAAAAGAAACUGCAAAAAGUUCUAUAACUUGUUACACAAAUCAGUCUGCUUGUUCACCAAUUGAAAAUUCGGCUGUAGCAUUUUACACAGGACAUGGUAGAAAACUUGUUGUAAAUCAGACUUCCCGACUUGAAGGAGAAUUGGAUGAUCAAUCAGAAAAAAUAAAUGCUGCCAAGAUUAUAUGUUUAAAAGACUAUCCUGAGGAUUAUGUAGAAAAUCCUUCAUGUGGAGAUCACUCAAACAGUAUUAUAACUGAAAAUAACAAAAAUAAUCGCUCUGAAAAACAAGAUUCAGCUCAUUUAAGUAUCAGUGGAAUGUCUAAUAGCUAUUCAGAUCACUCUGAUUUUUGUCAUUCCAGUGGGGUAUAUAAUAAAUCAGAAUCUCUCUCAAAAAAUAAAAUGGAUAAUUCUAGUAGUGAGCCAAUAGUGAAGAAUGUCAAAGACAGAGAAAACACUAGUUUUUCUGCAGCAAUAGCCACCGUAAGAAAAGCAGACACAUACCCACAAACUAUAAAUGAAGAUACUUGUGUUCAGAAAUUUGUGACUAAUUCUUCACCAUACAAAAAUAAAAACAUAGCCAUGGAAGUGGCCAUAUCUGAUUCAAAUAGUUUUGAGAUAGGACCUCCUGCAUUUAGUACAGCAAGUGGUCAAAUGGACUUUGUUUCACAUGGAAUGAAAGUGAGGAAGAGGUUUGCAGACAACAGCACUAAGGUCAUUUGGAUGAACACUGAGAGUAAAUCAGGCACUGGCCACACAAAAAUUUUGUCAGGUUGUCGUGAGGUGGUGGGUGAUUCCGAGGAUUUCACUUUUCCUAAGUCUCUGGGUAGUGAAGAGCAUAGCAUGCAUUCAUGUAAGGUUUUUGCUGACAUUCAGAGUGAACAGAUUCUACAACAUAGUCAAAGUAUGUCUGGAUCAGAGACAGUUCCUGAAAUGUUACCUUGUCAGAUUAAUUUGAAAGCUUCUGAUACAUGUAAAUUUAAUGCAGUCUCAUCUAAUGGGAUUUUUAGCACGGCAAGUGGGAAAUGUGUACAAGUGUCAGAUGCUGCCUUGCAGAAGACCAGCCGGGUCUUUUCUAAGCUAGAUGAGAGUGCCAAGCGCUUCUUUUCCAAGGUAUCCUUUGAACCUAAUGAACAUUCAGUCAGGGUCUCCAGAGAAGAAAAUACUAUGAUACAUACCCCCCAAAAUUUACCAUCAUCUGCUUUCUCUGGAUUUAGUACAGCAAGUGGAAAACAGGUCCCAGUUUCAGAAAGUGCCUUAAACAAAGUUAAGGGGAUGUUAGAGGACUUUAAUUCACUCAGAACUGAAUGUGGCCUUUGGCAUUCACCUACAUCUGGACAAGGUGUGUCAAAACUACUUCCUCUCUCCUGUAUAGAUAAGAGAACCCCAGAACACCCUGCAAACUGCAAAAUGGAAAAAGCCUGCAAUGAAGAACUUAAAUUAUCAAAUAACUCUAACACUGAAAGUGGUUCUUCAAAAAAUGCUCACUCUCUUGAAACAUCUCCGUGUCUCUCUCAGUUUAAGCAGGACAAACAACCGUUGGUAUUAGGAGGCAACACAUCACUUGUUGCGAACAGUCAUCUUUUGGGAAAAGAACAAGCUUUACUGAAAAAUAUAAAAAUGGAAAUUGGGAAACCUGAAACUAUUCCUAAUCUUCCCAUGACAACAAAUACAGAAAUAUGUUCUACUUACUCCAAAGAUCCAGAAAACUGUUUUGAAACAGAAGCAGUGGACUUUGCCAAAGCUUUUUUGAAAGAUGGGGAUCUGACAGAUUCUGAACUGCCAAGUCAUCCCAAACACUUUCUUACCUGCCGAAAUGAGGAAACGGCUUUGUUAAAUUCAAGAAUUGGAAAAAGAAGAAGAGAUGCACUCGCCUUGAUUGGAGAGCCCCCAAUCAAAAGAAACUUGUUGAACGAAUUUGACGGGAUAACAGAAAAUCAAGAAAAAUCUUUAAAGGCUUCAAAAAGCACUCCAGAUGGCACAAUGAAAGAUAGAAGAUUGUUUAUGCAUCACAUUUCUUUAGAGCCUAUUAUCUGCGGGCCCUUUUGCACAACUAAGGAAAGGCAAGAAAUACAGACUCCAAAUUUUACUGAACCUGGUCAAGAAUUUCUGUCCAGAUCUCAUUUUUAUGAACAGCUGACUUUGGAAAAAUCUUCAAGCAAUUUAUCAGUUUCAGGGCAGCCAUUGUAUAAGGUUCCUACCACAAGAAAUAAAAAAAGGAGGCACUCGAUUACUACAGGCAAACCAGUGAAAGUUUUUGUCCCACCUUUUAAAACUAAAUCACAUUUUCACAGAGAUGAUCAGUGUUGUGGCAGCAGUACUGAUUUGGAAGAAAACAAACAAAACCAAAAAAACGUAGGUGAACAUGGCUCUGGUGGUAGUAAAAAUAAUAUUAACGACAGUGAAAUUCGUGAGCCUACCAAAGAUAACUCCAAUCAAGUAACAUCUAUAAUCUCCACAAAGUGUGAAAAAGAACCUUUAGAUUUAAUUUCAAAUCUUCAGAAUGCCAGAGAUAUACAGGAUAUGCGUAUUAAAAAGAAACACAGGCAACACAUUUUUCCACAGCCAGGAAGUCUGUAUCUUGCAAAAACAUCCACUGUGCCUAGAAUCUCUCUGAAAGAGGCAGUAGAAGGCCAGAUUCCCUCUGCAUGUUCCCAUGAACAGCUGUACAUGUAUGGCAUCUCUAAACAGUGCAUAAAAGUUAACAGCAAAAAUGCAGAGUCUUUUCGGUUUCACACUCAGGAUUAUUUUGGUAAGGAAGGUUCAUGGGCUGGAAAGGGAACACAGUUGGCUGACGGUGGAUGGCUGGUACCCUCCAAUGAUGGGAAGGCUGGAAAAGAAGAAUUUUAUAGGGCUCUGUGUGACACCCCAGGUGUAGAUCCAAAGCUUAUUUCUAGAAGUUGGGUCUAUAAUCACUAUAGAUGGAUUAUAUGGAAAUUGGCUGCUAUGGAAUUUGCUUUUCCUAAGGAAUUUGCUAAUAGAUGCCUAAACCCAGAAAGGGUGCUUCUUCAACUAAAAUACAGAUAUGACAUGGAAAUUGAUAGAAGUCAGAGAUCUGCUAUAAAAAAGAUAAUGGAAAGGGAUGACACAGCUGCCAAAACACUUGUUCUCUGUGUUUCUGAAAUACUUUCGCCAAGCACAAGUCUACCUGAAACUUCUAGCAGUAAAACCAGUAGUGUGGAUACCAGCACGGCAGCCAUUGUGGAACUGACAGAUGGGUGGUACGCUGUGAAGGCCCAGCUGGACCCUCCGCUCUCAGCUCUGGUACAGAAAGGUAGACUGGCUGUUGGGCAGAAGAUCAUCACUCACGGAGCAGAACUGGUGGGCUCUCCUGAUGCCUGUGCACCACUUGAAGCCCCAGAAUCUCUUGUGUUAAAGAUUUCUGCUAACAGUACCCGGCCUGCUUGCUGGUAUACCAAGCUUGGAUUCUUUCCGGACCCUAGACCUUUUCCUCUCCCCUUGUCAUCACUUUUCAGUGAUGGAGGAAAUGUUGGUUGUGUUGAUGUGGUCAUUCAAAGGACAUACCCUAUGCAGUGGAUGGAGAAGACGUCGUCUGGAUUAUACAUAUUUCGCAAUGAAAGAGAAGAAGAAAAGGAAGCAGCAAAAUAUGCGGAAACCCAACAAAGGAAACUAGAGGCCUUAUUCACUAAGAUUCAAGUGGAAUUUGAAGAGCAUGAAGAAAAUAUAACAAAACAUUGUACACCGUCAUGUGCACUAACCAGGCAGCAAGUCCAUGCUCUGCAGGAUGGUGCAGAGCUCUAUGAAGCAGUAAGGACCGCGCCAGACCCCAGUUCCCUUGAGGGUUAUUUUAGUGAAGAGCAGUUAAGAGCCUUGAAUAAUCACAGGCAGAUGUUGAAUGAGAAGAAGCAAGCACAGAUCCAGUUGGAAUUCCGGAAGGCUCUGCAGUCUGCUGAGAAAGAGGAGCAAGUGUUAUCGAGGGACGUUACAACUGUAUGGAAGUUGCGUAUCAUAAGCUAUGAGAAAAAAGAAAAAGAUUCAGUUAUAUUAAGUAUCUGGCGUCCAUCAUCAGAUUUAUAUUCCCUGCUAACAGAGGGAAAGAGAUACAAAAUCUAUCAUCUUGCAACAUCAAAAUCUAAAAAUAAAUCUGGAAGAGCUAACAUACAGUUAACAGCAACCAAACACACUCAGUUUCAACAAAUACCAGCUUCAGAUGAAAUCCUGUAUCAAGUUUAUCAACCAAGGGAGCCCCUUCCCUUCAACCAGUUAUUGAAUCCAGACUUCCAACCACAUUGUUCUGAGGUGGACCUAAUAGGAUUCGUAGUUUAUGUUGUGAAAAAAAUAGGUCUUGCUCCUUUGGUCUAUUUGUCAGAUGAACACCAUAACUUACUAGCAAUCAAGUUUUGGAUAGAUCUUAAUGAAGACAUCAUUAAACCUCACAUGUUAAUUGCUGCAAGCAACCUCCAGUGGCGACCAGAAUCCAAAUCAGGAAUUCCUACUUUAUUUGCUGGAGAUUUUUCCAUGUUUUCUGCCAGGCCAAAGGAGAGCCAUUUUCAAGAGACAUUCUACAAAAUGAAAAAUAUCAUUGAGGAUAUUGGUAUGUUUUGCAAUGAUGCAGAGAACAAACUUAUGCAUAUACUUAAUGCAAAUGAUCCCAAGUGGUCCACCCCAGUUAAAGACUGCAAGUCAGAGCCACACAUUGUGCAGACAGCCCUCGGUGCAGGAAAUAAGCUUCUGCUGUCUUCUCCCAAUAGUGAGAUGAACUAUCAAAGUCCUUUAUCAUUUUGUAAGCCAAAAGGGAAGUCUGUUCCCACACCUGCAUCACCCCAAAUGACUUCAAAGGCUUAUAAAGGGGAGAAAGAGGUUGAUGACCCAAAAAACUGCAAAAAGAGACGAGCCUUGGACUCCUUGAGUAGACUACCUUUACCUCCACCUGUUAGUCCCAUUUGUACAUUUGUUUCUCCAGCUGCACAGAAGGCAUUUCAGCCGCCACGGAGUUGUGGCACCAAACAUGAAACACCUAUAAAGAAAAAAGAAUUGAGUUCUCCUCAGAUGAGUCCUCUUAAAAAAUGUAAUGACAUUUCUCUUUUGGAAAACGAUUCAAUAGCUGACGAAGAACUUGCAUUGAUAAAUACCCAGGCCCUUUUGUCUGGUUCAGCAGGAGAAAACCAGUUUGUGCCCAUGGGUGAAUCCACUAGGACUGCUCCCACCUGCUCAAGACACUGUCUCAAAGGGAAAAGGCACCAUUUUACUCCUGUGGUCAGAGAACAGGAAAAUUCCUGCGUCAGUGCUGGGGAAACAGGAGACUCUGCACAGGACACAAGUGCAAUACAAGAUACAUCUAAGAGACUGCAAAGGCGACAGAAACGAAAAUGACCAAAUUAGUUACUGACUCUUAACCUUUCCUGUUUGUAGCACACAUGCAGUUUCAAACUGCACACCCAUGUUUGCAAAAUGAGAAGAGAAAUGGUUCCGAAUCUACCUGAGUGC